UACCUCUCCGAGCAUCGUCCAUCCAUACCAUCCAUAAAGUAGCGAUGGAAACCGCGCAUAGCGAAAUAAACAAGCAUAUCGCACACAUCCUGCGAGAAUUCCACCAAAAUCGAAUUGUGAAAGAUUUUCAUACUAAACCCGGUUGCAAAUCUCACAGGAUCACGUUAUCUUCACUUCUAGUUUCAAAUUCUCAUACAUCAUCAUGCCAACCACAUCAACAGCAACAUUCACCGCCCUCUUCCAAACCCCCAACCUUAUCUACCGUCCUCUAACUACUCAAAUCGCGCACAAACAAUUCAUUCACACGAUUUUGAGCACCCAACCAACGACAUGGGCUCAAAGCACCAUGAGACUACUGAAGCCUCAGACCGAUGCAGACAUCGAAAAAUAUGUAGAAAGAUUAGCUGGUUCACUACUCGCCGUUAUGAUUCACAAGAAGAAGAUGCAACCGACUGAAGAGAAGAAUGCGGAAUCGGAUGAAGUUCCAAUCGGAUACCUAAUUCUGAGCAAUGACCCUUUAUCCGCCCAUCACCGUUGCUGCUCACUCGGAAUCGUCAUCUCAGACGAAUAUCAGAACAGAGGUUAUGGUAGCGAAGCUAUCAAUUGGUCACUGAAUUGGGCGUUUGAUGUAGCGGGCUUACAUCAUGUCGGUCUGGGCUGUUACAGUUUCAACGAAGGGGGUUUGAAGUUGUAUCCACGUUUAGGUUUCAAGGAGGAGGGGAGAAAUAGGGAGGUGUAUUGGUACGGAGGACGGUGGUGGGACGGAGUUAUGUUUUCGAUGUUAGAGGAUGAAUGGAGGAGUAUGAGGCAAGCGGAAUAAAGUGAAAUGAGAUGCAAGCAGGCAUUGAGCUUCGGAAUUGAAAAC